AUGUGGGAGAGAUAUUGCAAUGGAGUGGACGCGAUAGUUUUUGUGGUAGACUCUGUCGAUAAGGAAAAGUUCAAUUCUGCUCGAUUCGAACUUCACCAGCUCUUAGUCCACCAUAGCUUGGUGGGCGUACCGUUGCUCGUACUAGGGAACAAGAACGACAUCGAAGGGCAUGCUUCAAUAAAGGAACUUAUACCGGCUUUGCAAUUGGAUAAAAUUAAUGACCGCCCAGUCUCAGUACGUCUAAACCAGUUGUAG